AUUGAAUUGAUAAUUCAAACAAUUGAAGACCAACUUGACUGGAUAAUUUUGAACACAUGUGAACUUUACCACAAUUCAACAAUGACCUCCAAAAUUGCGAGUUGCUUACUUAUAGUGUUAGUAAAUGUAUAUUCCACAUCGGGUCAAGCAAACACUACAACAGCACCAACAACAAAUUAUAGGCCUAUCACAGACUCUACAACUUAUAUAAGCACGAUUAAUGCACAAACAACCGGUCUAAAUACCUCAGGUCUAAAUGCGACCACUACAGAGGUAGAAGAAUACAGUAAAACUGGGAUUGAAACUCAAUCACCUCAAACCAGCAUUGCGUCUGUGACGAUGUCCAAUUUGUCCACAUCUGUGAUGACUUCUGGUUCACAAACAUCUGCGCCGAUCAGCAGUACGUUUACGACGUCUGAUUCACAAACAACUAAUUUGAGCACAAGUGUAUCGGCGACUACGGAUGAGCCGAAGACGAUAAGAAGAACGAACGAAUCUUUUACUAUUAAUUUUAACACAACCGAAGAUGAAACCACAGGCAUGCUUUCGUCUCAACUAACAAAUGCAUAUAUAAAAAGUUUUUUAAAUAUGGAUGUAAAUGUCGAGUGUGAUAACACAACAUGCGAUAACAGUUGUCAAGUAUUCAGUUGCCAUAUAUAUCCAAAGUCGGAAAGUAACAACGUGAUGUUGAUUGCACUUGUCAACGGUAUUACAAUCAUUAACACGACUAUCGAUUUUAAGUCUAUAUCAAUCCACGAUGAAACGUCUUCAGUUACAAAUUCGUUAACUAUGCCUAUCCUGAUUGGAUGCUUGUCAUUUUUAGUCAUUAUUCUGAUUGUUGCAUAUGUGGUAACAAUACGCAAAUACAGAGUAAAUAAUAUAAAGAAUAAUAAUAAAAAGAAGAAACAAAAAACUCAAAGAAUGAAGAAGAUGACACUCAGACACAUCAGUGGAUUCUCCCGCAAAUUCUUCAAUACAAAGUAUAAUGACCGAGAUGAUGAACAACACUUGGAACAAGUACGUCAAAAUGGGUGGCGCUGUAAGCUUGGUCGUUAAAAUGCUUGCAUUCCAGUUACAGGGCUCUGGGUUCAAACCCUGUGAAAAACACCAGGAUUGAUUCACAACUUAAGUAUAUAUAAGUAUAUAUAACUAUAAGUACAUAUUCUUAUAUAUAAGUAUAUA